AGACACAGUAUACACCAGGAUCUAGAAGCUGGAUUUUAAACUCCUAUCGCUCCCUAGAAUUUGAGAGAGUUCUGUUGUGAUCUCUGUAGUAAUUAACAAUUUGGCCAAAGUUGGUUUUCAAGUGACUGUGCUAAGAAUUCAUGUAUGGUCUGGAUGUCCUGGAACGAAAAGGAUUUAGGAGCUCUAGGAUAAAUAAGAUUUACCAAUCCCUGGAUGAAGUGCUUGGGAAAUCUUUAGAUGCCAUAGUCAACCGCCAUUUCAAAGAAGAGGAAAUAGAUGGUUUUGGAAAGUUCAUGCUGUUUCUUCACUGAAUUUUAGAAUGAUUGAAGAUAGUGGGAAAAGAGGAAAUACCAUGGCAGAAAGAAGACAGCUGUUUGCAGAGAUGAGGGCUCAAGAUCUGGAUCGUAUCCGACUCUCCACCUACAGGACAGCAUGCAAGCUUAGGUUUGUUCAGAAGAAAUGCAACUUGCACCUGGUGGACAUUUGGAAUGUCAUAGAAGCAUUGCGGGAAAAUGCUCUGAACAACCUGGACCCGAACAUAGAACUCAGUGUGGCCCGCUUGGAGGCUGUGCUAUCCACCAUUUUCUACCAGCUCAACAAACGGAUGCCAACCACUCACCAAAUCCAAGUGGAGCAGUCCAUCAGCCUCCUGCUUAACUUCCUGCUGGCAGCCUUUGAUCCGGAAGGCCAUGGUAAAAUUUCAGUAUUUGCUGUCAAAAUGGCUUUAGCCACAUUGUGUGGAGGGAAGAUCAUGGACAAAUUAAGAUAUAUUUUCUCCAUGAUUUCUGACUCCAGUGGGGUGAUGGUUUAUGGACGAUAUGAUCAGUUCCUACGGGAAGUUCUCAAACUACCCACAGCCGUUUUUGAAGGUCCUUCAUUUGGUUAUACAGAACAGUCAGCGAGAUCCUGUUUCUCUCAACAGAAAAAAGUCACCUUAAAUGGUUUCUUGGACACGCUCAUGUCCGACCCUCCCCCCCAGUGUCUGGUCUGGCUGCCCCUUCUGCAUCGACUGGCGAAUGUGGAAAACGUCUUCCAUCCAGUUGAAUGUUCCUACUGCCACAGUGAGAGCAUGAUGGGCUUCCGCUACCGAUGCCAACAGUGUCACAACUAUCAACUCUGUCAGGACUGCUUCUGGAGGGGACAUGCCGGCGGUUCCCAUAGCAACCAGCACCAAAUGAAAGAGUACACCUCAUGGAAAUCCCCUGCUAAGAAGCUAACUAAUGCAUUAAGCAAGUCUCUGAGCUGUGCUUCCAGCCGUGAACCCUUGCACCCCAUGUUCCCUGACCAGCCUGAGAAGCCACUCAACUUGGCCCACAUUGUGCCGCCCAGACCUGUAACCAGCAUGAAUGACACGCUCUUCUCCCACUCAGUCCCCUCAGGAAGUCCUUUUAUUACCAGGAGGUUACCUGAGGGGAUAAGUGCAUCCAGCCCCGGGGCUGAGGAGCAUUCACUCAUAAAGCUGUAUGUAAAUCAGCUUGACCACAGCCCACGCUCUCCUCCCAAGGACAGUGAAGUAGAGCAGAACAAACUGCUGGCUAGGGCUGCUCCAGCUUUUCUGAAGGGCAAAGGGAUACAAUACAGCCUGAAUGUGGCAGACAGGCUAGCUGAUGAACAUGUUCUCAUCGGGUUGUAUGUCAACAGGCUCCGGAACAACCCAUCAUGUAUGCUUGAGAGUUCAAACAGGCUUGAUGAAGAACACAGGCUGAUCGCCAGGUACGCGGCAAGACUGGCAGCAGAGUCCAGUUCUUCGCAGCCGACUCAGCAGCGGAGUGCUCCUGACAUCUCCUUCACCAUUGAUGCAAACAAGCAGCAGAGGCAGCUGAUCGCAGAGCUAGAAAACAAGAACAGAGAAAUCUUACAGGAGAUCCAGAGGCUGCGGCUAGAGCAUGAACAAGCCUCUCAGCCCACCCCAGAGAAGGCGCAGCAAAACCCCACUCUGCUGGCCGAGCUCCGGCUCCUCAGACAGCGCAAGGAUGAGCUGGAACAGAGAAUGUCUGCUCUCCAGGAGAGCCGGAGAGAGCUAAUGGUCCAGUUAGAAGGUCUCAUGAAGCUACUAAAGACGCAGGGGGCAGGUUCUCCUCGCUCCUCCCCCAGCCACACCAUCAGCAGGCCCAUCCCCAUGCCGGUGCGCUCCGCGUCUGCCUGCUCCAGCCCGUCGCACACGCCUCAGGACUCCCUCACGGGGGUCGGGGGAGACGUUCAGGAGGCCUUUGCGCAAAGUUCAAGAAGAAAUUUAAGGAAUGACUUACUAGUAGCAGCAGAUUCCAUCACGAACACCAUGUCCUCUCUCGUGAAAGAGCUGAAUUCCGAGGUGGGGAGUGAAACAGAGAGUAACGUGGAUUCUGAAUUUACACGGACUCAGUUUGAGGAUCUGGUUCCAUCGCCAACCUCUGAAAAGGCUUUUCUAGCGCAAAUCCACGCCCGAAAACCUGGGUACCUCCACGGCGGCGCCACCCCCAGCACCAUGCGCAGUGACGUGGCCUCAGAAGAUGGGGACCCCUACGUGCGGCCAGAGGAUGAGAACUAUGAAAAUGACUCAGUCCAGCAGCUGGAGAACGAGCUCAAGAUGGAGGAGUAUCUGAAACAGAAGCUGCAGGAUGAAGCCUACCAGGUCAGCUUGCAAGGUUGAAUACAAUAUCCUUUUAUCACUCUCCUCUCAAGCAAGCUAUAGUCAGACAGAUGAUGAAGGUAACACGCAAGCUGGUGAUGAAGGAGAGCCCCGCACCCACCCCCGCAGAGGAGAAGACACCGGCCCAGGAGCAGCCUCAGCGCCCAGAGGUGCCGGCCCGCACAGCAGCUCCUGACAGACCCCCACCCUUAGAGACGCGCUCUGCCGACUGUAGUGCAGUUGACUUUUCGUUCUAAGAUUCGUAGUUCGUAGGUGUGUGUUUUGCGAAGGAAAAAAAAAAAGACUUCUGACUCCUGUUCGAAGCUAACUUAUCAGCUACAUCUUCUGUAACAUGGCUCAUCCCUGAUUAGAAACAAAAACGGCAACCACCACCACACAUACACAGGGAAAGGAAAACCCACAGGCUGAAAACCCACACUGCUCUUACGAUGGCAGUAUUAACAAGCAUUUUAAGCCUUUGCACAUGAUAUUGAACCUGUUCCGUUUACAACGACAAUAUUAAUACUGUUUGUAGCUAGAUGUUUGAUUUCUGAAUUCUUUGAGAUUUUAGCGAACCAGUUUAUUAUACACUGUACAUUUUUUUUUCCACAGCAAUUGGAAAAAAACAACCACUUGCAAUUAUUCACUAACCCCGAAGGAUUUGGUACCUGAGUGUACAAACUCAGAGCCUGGAAGCCAAGAAGGGUCCUUGGCCUGCACUGUCUGCAUUUGUCUCUAAGUCUCUGUGAGCAGUGACUUGAACCAAUCACACCAGGAUAAUCCAGCCUUUGGGGCUUCUUUCCAACUUGGGGUUGUUUUCUUUCAAGAUACUCUAACAAAUCAGCCAUAGAAUUUAGUGUAAAUAUUUUUUCCAAAUAGAUAUCAUAUUCAAAAAGAAAAAAAAAAGGCAACAUUCAAAUGAUAUAGAAUCUAGUUUUUAAAAUCAGCACAGAUCUUCUUAAAAACUGUGAACUAUGUUUUGAAAUACUCGUUGCUAAAGCUGUUUAUAAACCACAGGUGCCAUAAG